GAAUUUUCCUUUUAUGACUCUUGCCCUUUUGCUUUAAAUAAAUAAAAUCCCACCUCCAUCCCCUUUUCCAAUUUGCACUGCUCUCUUUCUCUCUCUCUCUCUCUCUCUCUCUCUCACUCUCUCUGGUUUAAAGCUAUUCAGAAGGAAGUUUUUCUUUGUUGCGAUUGUGAUAAUGGGUCAGAUCCAAUACUCCGAGAAGUAUUUCGAUGAUAUCUACGAGUAUAGGCAUGUUGUUCUUCCUCCAGAAGUUGCCAAACUGCUCCCCAAGAAUCGGCUUCUGUCUGAAAAUGAAUGGCGUGCAAUCGGGGUGCAGCAAAGCCGUGGCUGGGUCCAUUAUGCAAUUCAUCGUCCUGAACCACAUAUCAUGCUCUUUAGGAGGCCUCUGAACUAUCAGCAGCAGCAGGAGAACCAAGCCCAACAGGCCAUGGUUGCUGCUAAGUGAUCAUAUUUUACUUUUUUAGUAUUUUAAUAUCUGGAAAUGAACUACUUGGCAAUCAAGUUUAUGUUUAAGUGAAGCUUGAAUGUCUGGAUCUUGGAACUCUACUGUAAUUCUCUUUUUUGGAGAAUUUCAUGGUAGUUUGUAAACUCUGCUGUUGAAGGUUUCAUGUUGUUACUGGCACUCCUAAAAUAUAUAUAUUUGCUGGUUUACCUUUUUUCUA